ACUAGGCCGAUGUUCAUGCUGUUGAUCACUGGAAUAUCUGGUCUAGACUCUAGAUUAUUUACAGAGUGCGGCAAUCAAUCAAUCAGUGAUGGGCAACAUAACGUCUGAAGGCUGUACAAAAGAAGACAUUAUCAAGAUAGCAGGGAUUGCUUGUGCCAUAGAGGCAGUGGUCUUUGCUGUAACCGUCGCCAUCUACUGUUUGAUCCAGCGAAAAAAGAAACAACCAAAGCGAGUUUCGCCGAAAGAAAGGGUCGCAAUAUAUCGCCCAGCGCACCUAAAGCCUGACGACACCAAGAAUGGUUAUUCAACUGCUGACGUCGAGUUUGAAAGCAGAGAUCACCAAUGGAGCGCGAAAAACCCGCAACAUGGUGAAGUUAAUGAGAAUGAUUAUGACGUGUUGUGGAAGUGGAACCCAAGGCUGUUCAAGGCAUCCGAGAGUCAAGGCGUGUACAGUCAUCUGGCGGCGACAGACAGCAUGAGUGAGAGUGCGGACACAGAUCAGUAUGACACGACACGGCGGGUACUGUCUUCACGACGGGCAAGGCCCGAGGAAGAGUUAUAUAACAAGAUGGCCGUGCUUGACGAGUAGAUUCCAGUUCAACUGGUCAUCACUCAUCGUCAUCAUGCUUACAUGCGGUUAUUGGCCAUUGUGAGCAGCUUUUCCAGGAGUAGAAAACCCAGUGUCAGUAUUCUUUGUGCAACAUGCGUUUUAACUGUGUGGACGUCCACUCGAAACACUACGGUUUGAGAGAUGAGUAGAAGUCGUGAGGUUGAAGUGACUGUCAUGACACCAGGCAAAAUCUCCAGGGUUUACGUUACGAUCACUCUCCACUAUACCCUGGAUUCAUCCACGGCUUGGCCCGAUAAUUUUAUUACCUCCCUUUGCUGGCUUUUUAUCCAAUCAGGUGUCUACGCUGGGAAGUUGAGCGAACCAA